GUCAAUUGGCUCGUUAGUGUCACGUGCUGAGUGUAGGCUGGUUGCACUUCCGCUCUGUUAGCAGCAUGUCUCCCGUGAGCAUAGAAGAUGUGGUCGGCCAGAUAGUUUUGCCUGGGGAUGUGCUCGUUCUUCCUGCGCAGCCUCGGGAUGCCCCCCUAUCUCUGAGUGGCCCCUCUUCAACGAACAGGUCCCGGGUGGUGUGUGGCCCUGGGCUCAUGCGGCAGGAGGACGAUCUGCUAGUGAAUAAAUGUGGACUCCUGCGGCACAGGGACCCGGCAGUAUAUUGGGUUGAUUCUCAGCAAAAACGGUAUGUACCAGUGAAAGGAGACCAUGUGAUUGGCAUUGUAACUACAAGAGCAGGAGACAUAUUUAAGGUGGAGGUUGGAGGCAGCGAGCAAGCUUCAUUGUCCUAUCUGGCAUUUGAAGGCGCAACAAAGAAAAAUAGACCAAAUGUUAAGGCUGGAGAUCUUGUUUAUGGACAGUUUAUCGUUGCUAAUAAGGACAUGGAGCCAGAGAUGGCUUGCAUAGACAGUUCAGGAAAAGCUAAUGGGAAGGGAGUCAUUGGACAAGACGGACUCAUGUUUAAAGUCUCCUUGGGUUUAGUAAGAAAAUUGUUAACUCCACAAAAUGAUAUCAUUCAGGAGCUGAUGAGUAUUUUUCCCUUGGAGGUGGUCGUUGGCAUGAAUGGGCGAAUCUGGGUGAAGGCUAAAACCACACAACAGACUCUGAUAGUGGCCAAUUUACUGGAAGCUUGUGAAUACUUGACGGCCGAACAGAGGAAACAAGUCUUUUGCAGGUUCUCGGAUAAUGCCAUAUAAGCCUUUUUCUUCGCAAUAGUGAGACUUUGAACAAAUUACUCUACAUUGCUGUGCAAUGUGUCGCAGAACAUCUUGCCCCAUUUAUACACCAUUUGAGUGUUUUUCAUGGUUUAUAACAGCCACAGUAUUUCUUCUUGAAUUUCUGCUAUGGAAAACGAUAGAAAUUAACAAAUAGAUCAAUAAAACAUGAUUUUUAUUA